GUUCUGAGGUGUCAACUGAGGUCGCAAAGCCGAAGUUGCAGCCACUGGUGUACACCGACGCCGCUGUGGACCAGCUUCUAGAUCGUAAUCGCGAGCCGGAUGUAGAUGAGGUGACUGGAGAGGCCGAUGACUACCUUAGUGUCUUUAAGUCGGCACAUUUUGGUCAAGCUCCGGACAGGCCGUCCGUCACAGAAGCGGCUAGCGACGCUUCUGUGUCCGAACUCUGCAGGCGACAUCCCACGAAGGCCUUUUCUGCUUCAUUAGGCUUCAUCAGGUGGUGCUACCCCAACUCCAAUGUAGCAGCGGAAAUUGACGCCACACCCGAGGUUCGAACUCGCGUCUUUCCGCGAGACGCUCGCCACCGCCGCUGCCUUGUAGUUAGGCUGGCGAGCCAAAGUGCUAGAGGAGGCAAUCUCGAACAAACAAUCCGAGGUGUUUUUAAGGACCCGUCCCUGCUCACAAUUCGCAAGAAACCUGAAAAUAUGGCCGAUUCCGUGGUUGGACAGAAAGAAAUUGCGGACUUUUGGGACCGUUUACUGCGCGCUCGACACGAACGGGUGGCAGCUGAAGAUCGUGGUGACGAAGGAGACGCUGCCUUCCGUGAAUUACAUAAGCGCUCUUGUCAGAGCCGUAACUCGCAGCCGGCGCAUGCCGUUAAUGAUGAUGCGACAGCGGCCGACGGACGUACCAACUCUGACGACAGUGACAUGGAGCUGGAUAGCGUUUAUAUUGCUGCUACGGCCUCUGGUCAUGCCCUGCUCUCUAACGCUCGAAUAAAGACUGAGCCGUCUGCGUCUCAAGCCCAAUCUAGGAAGAGUCGCCGAGUUCCAAAACCGACUUAUACCUCCCUCUCCAAUUUUCACCGUGUCUCUCGUGGUGAUGACACAGAAGAAGGGCGGCGGUCGCGUGCACUUCGUGGUCGCGGUGGCAGACUCGCUCCGGUCGGUGACCCUCUGAUCCGGACGGGCAGUGAAAAUGAGGAGGAGCAGGAGCAGGAGGCAGAGGGCACGGAAGGUGAGGAGGGG